AGUGGUGCCGUCAACUAAAUACAGGAUUCAUUCCAUCCUAAUCUUAUCCAUCUCUCUUACUCUGCUAUUCCCUCAAACCUCAUCAUUUCUCCUCACAUGGAUUCCCUCACUGUGUUCGGGCUUUCAUCUUCCUUGCCAAUCCGCAAAACCCCUAAAACCAAUACCGUUACCACCUCCGCAACCACAUCUCCCCAUUCAAAACCUAAAUCCUUCCAAACCCACCACCAAAAUGUUAUAAACCGAAAAACUAAAAGCUCCUCUUCUCUGAAAAUUCCAUCCACUGUCCGUACAUCAAAUUCUCUCCAAAACCAUCUGCGAGUCUUAGAUAAAGCUUCUUCAUCAUUGAUGAUUCAGUUAUCUCUUGCUUUAGCCACCCCAUUAUCUUGCUUUGCCUCCGAAACCGAAUUAACAAUAUCUAGUUCCAGUGAUAGAAUAAGCCUAGAAUCAGUACUAGUUUCCAUUGAUGAUUUCAAUAAUAGAAACCCAUUUUUUGUAGCAGGUUGUACUUUCAUUUGGCUUGUUGUAAUUCCUUUAGCUCAAGAGUAUGUUUUUAAGAAGUUUAAGUUCGUUUCAGCCGUUGAUGCAUUUCGUAAGCUUCGAGACGACCAAAAUUCACAACUACUGGACAUCAGAGAUAAUAAAAGUAUAAGGGUUCUUGCUUCUCCUAAUUUGAAGAUUUUGAGUAAGAGUGUGAUUCAGAUUCAGUUCAUGGAUGGAAAAGAAGAGGGUUUUGUGAAGAAGGUGUUGGAGAAUUUUAAAGAUCCUGGAAACACUACUUUAUAUGUUAUUGACAACUUUGAUGGUAAAUCACUACAAGUAGCAGAGUUGUUAGUUAAGAAGGGCUUCAAAGAAGCUUAUGCAAUCAAGGGCGGAAUCAGAGGCAAAGAUGGUUGGCAGGAAAUACAAGAAACCCUAUUGCCACCAUCUGUACAUGUUUUUGCCAAAACAGAUAAUAGGAAGACUAAGGAACAACUUGAGACGAAUGAUGCACAAGUAAACUGGAAGACUACAACCAAUGGCAAUAAUCCCUCUGUUACAAGUGUCUCUUCCAGCAAAACUGAAGCUGUUGGGGGUAAUGGAUCAACAGAAUCAACUCAACCUACUUCACAAGCAAAUCUUAAACAGCAGAAAAUGUUGUCACCAUACCUGAACUAUCCAGAUUUGAAGCCACCUUCUUCCCCAGCUCCAUCCCAGCCUGUGAGUUAAAGCAAUAUGAAUAACCAAGGAACCUCUCCCAACCGAUCAUGUCAGAAAUUGAUCAAAAAUAGGGAGGACAAGUAGUAAUGCAGUUUGUUUUUCUCCGUCAAUACAAGAAUAACUAUCAAGGCUUGGGGAAACCAGUGAUAUGGGGCAUCUAAAUUGAAUAUCAAAAUUGCUUGAGGAACAGAUCUCAAUUGUAGUGAUCAAAAAUCAAGGAGUAAAAUGAUAAUAUGGUUCAAGUUAUUAGCUUACUGUAUCAGGCUAUCAGAAGUACUGAAACUGUAAACAUUCUAAACGAGCAUAAUAGUAACUCCGUGGAAUUUGGUAA